ACGAAAAACAUCCCGAAAGUGGAUUCGAGGCGUGGGAAAAGGCCCCUUUUACCUGAUGAAUCGGAGGUUCAUCAUCAUCAUCCUCAUCAUGUUAAUGACGAUGAUGAUGAGCCGUUAUUCCCGAUUUACUCGGAAAGAUCCCAACAGGACAUGUCCGCCAUUGUCACCGCUCUCUCUCAAGUCCUCGGCCACACUCCCGAUCAAACUCCACCAAUAGCUCCCGCGCCACCUCAGCAUCAUAGUCAUCACUUGCCUGUGCCAGCUAGGAAAAGGCACUAUCGAGGGGUUCGGCAGAGGCCUUGGGGCAAGUGGGCAGCUGAGAUUCGCGACCCGAAGAAGGCGGCUCGUGUAUGGCUCGGCACUUUUGACUCUGCCGAGGCAGCCGCCAUGGCUUAUGACGAGGCUGCCCUUCGCUUCAAAGGCAAUAAGGCCAAGCUUAAUUUUCCCGAACGAGUCCAGUCGACUCCACACCUCACUCCCAACCUCAUGCAUUAUAAUAAUAAUAAUUAUAAUAUUAAUCAAAAUAGUAGUGGUUAUAACACCAGUCAUUUGGGAUAUGGGAAUUAUGUUAAUCAUUUGGUGGGGCACGAUUUCGGUUCUCAAGCGGCCUCGUCUGUGCCGCCGCCAUCUAAUUAUUCGGUGCCCAUGAUGCCUUUGAAUGAAGAGGGUUUUGUAAGGUUUGAUGAUGAUGGGCCGGGCUUUGGAGGUGGGCCCAGAGAUAGUUCGGUUGGGAAUUGGUGGGAGUUUGAUCAUGGCGGCAAGAGAUACUUCUUU